AUGUUGUGUAUAUCGUGGUACGGACCCCAUGGAAACACUCAUGCGUAUUCAUGCUCAAUUCCUAAAUUGGUUGUUUAUCGUGGACAAAGUAUGUCAAGUGACGACUUCGAAAAACUGAAAAAUAAUCGUGGUGGUCUUUUAUCGAUAAGUGACUUCUUCUCAACUAGCACAAAUGAAAAUAUUGCCUUGAAUUUUGCUUUUCAAGCUUUCAAUCAUCCUAGUUCUGAAUCAGUUUUAUUUGAAAUUCAAAUUGAUCCGUCCAUACGUAAAACUCCAUUAGCUAAUAUUGAACAUUUAAGUUACAUACCAACAGAAAAUGAAUUCUUAUUUUCCAUGGGCACAGUUUUUCGAAUUGAAUCAAUUGAAAGGCAAAGUAACGGAAUUUGGAAUGUUAAGUUAAAAUUGACUGGAGAAGAAGAUAAACAAUUGAAAGCAUUGACUCAUUAUAUGAGAAAGAAAGUUGGUUUAGUAAAUAAUUUAAAAAGUUUAGGAUCAUUGAUGAUGCGAAUGGGGAAAUUUGACAAAGGAGAGCAGUUUUAUCAAAUACUUCUCAAUGAUAUUUCAUUCAAUAGUAAUCCUAUUUAUCUUUUUAUUAUUUAUCAUGAUCUGGGAUUCUGCUACCAUCAAAAACUUGAGUAUAAAAAGGCAUUAGAAUGUUACGAAAAGUCACUUCAGAUUGGACAAAAUUAUAUUGAUGAUUCUCAAGUUGCAGUCAGGUAUAAUAAUAUCGGUGGAAUUUAUCAGGAUCAAGAUGACGCCAGCUGAUGCUAAGACUAUUGCUGUGUGACGCAGAUGCCAUUAUACGAAAUAAACAAUGAAAAAACAGAAAAAAAUAUGUAUUUCCUAAGAUGGGUUCGAACCUAGUAUCUUGAAAAAAAUCAUCAAUUAAUUGCGAUUAAUCGCUAGAAUCGCCUAAAAAUCACCAAAAAAUCGGCAAUUAAUCGCGAUUAAGCGCACGAUUAAUCGUAUGAUUUUUUACGAUUAAUUGCCGAUUUUUAUGCGAUUUUUAGUACAUGGGCACUGUUGAGUAAAUUAAAUUUUUAUACCAAUAACAAUACUGAAUAGUUUUUUUAUAAAAUGUAUAUAAAAAUAUAAUAAUAUGGCACACAAAGACUAAUAAUUGCGAUAAGAUUAUUAUUUUGUCGAAGGACAGGAGUUUCAAUUCACCAAAUUGAAUGUGCACUGUAAAAUGAUUAUUAUUAUGAUGUAUUUUCAAUACAUUCACGCAUAGUGGCACCUUUUCUUUAACUUUUAAUGUUGAAUCUCUCAAGUUUUCGUCGUCAUUGAUUUUUCAAAAUGAAAAGUUGCCGGUGUUUUUGUGUUAUUAUUUGAUAUGCAUCAUUAUCAGUAUACUGACUAGUCAACAGCACUUACACCCUAGGUAGAACUCAAAAAUAAAUACAUUUUGUUAAGAAUUCAGUUCUCUAGGUUUGGUCACGAAAUCGAAAAUUAAUUUGUGAAAUUUUUAAAUUCCGAUUUCGUGACCAACACAGUGUUUCAAAAAGAUUUCAAAACUAACGAGAGAAGGUCCCCAACUGUCCGAUCGCUUUCGAACCGAAACCUAGUGGACUAUAGGUAGUCGACCAUGCUGAUUCCGAAUAUCAACAUGAGAUGUGCUGCUAGGCCUCCAGAGAGUGGUUUUCUGGAAAACCAGUUUUUCAGAAACUCUAAAAAAUAACCAAAACCUUUCUUAAUGAUGCAUGAUUGUAGCCCGUAGAUUUUUGAUUAAAAUGAGACCUCUCCCAGCUCUACAUGACCUUUCUUUGCAAAGUUAUAGAAUUUACAAGAAAAGCCCUAAAUUAAUUUCUUCUUAUUUCUGUAGCUUUGAGCUAACAAUGAACAUUUAGGG